AUGGAGCUCCCCCGGAAAGGGAGGGACUUCGCCUCUCGACUGCAGCCGGAUGCUACGUCAUCGAAUCCCGUCGAAGGACUGUUCCGAUGUACAGGAUCCUUGGAAUUCUACCGAGGGCUGAAUACUUCGUUGCACGAAAUUUCGAGGCUGCUCAUGUGUAUCCUCGGCGGCUUUAAAGGACCCACAAUUCUUUGCGCACGGACCAAUUUCCAAAAUCUUUGGCGGGAAAUGGCUGAAUCCAAGCAGUAUACAUUUAAAUGGAAUAAGGAACAGACCGAGGCAUUUAUACGCCACCGCGUUGAGCACCGGCACCUUUUCACGGGCGGUAGGGACACCGCCGCCAAUGGUUAUCGGACAAUUUUGGCAAAAAUGGGGGUUAUGGGCAAGGUAACCCACACCCAAGCCAAAAAGAAAUGGGACAAUCUGAAAACCAAGUACAAGGAAUGCAAGUGUCCCACCUCAGGACAGGGCACUGACGACGGGAAACCGACGGCAGCGACAUGGCACUGGUUUGUCCUAAUGGAUGAGGCAUUAGGGCAGUCUGCGGCGGGCAUGCCCCCCGGCCUGAUUGCCUCCAUCCAAGAGGACAAACCAGGGCCAAGCACUGCCCAGGAAGGUCAGAGAGGGCGAGGGGAUGAGGAUGAGGAGGAAAAAUACAAGGAGGACACGGAGAGACAGAGAGGAGGAGGCGGAGGAACGAAAAAGAGGGAGAGAGAGGAUCCCUUCCUUAAUCUCUUGAGGGAAGACCUCCUCUAUCAGAGAGAGGCAGAAGAGAGGAGAGCAGCAGAGGCCCGAGAAAGAUUUGAAAGGUUCUUUGCUCUCUUAGAGCGUUUUGCACCAAAAUAAAUAAUUGAAUUAUAAUGUAAUUAAAAUGAACCUCGUUUUGA